AUGACAGCGAAACCAAACUCGGACACCGACAAGCCUUACGACCUUGACGACAAGGUCGAAGCACAGCACCUCGAAAUGGCGGUCAAACAUGCCGGUGGCGACAACGCCGAGGCUUCCGGCGCCAUUGCGAUCGAGCGAAUGGAGCACGAGAUGGGCCUCUGGGAGUCGCUGCGCAACUACAAGGGCGCCGUGUUCUGGUCUUUGGCAGUGUCCAUGUGCAUUAUCAUGGAAGGUUAUGACCUCGCUCUUGUGGGCAACCUUAUCGCACUCAAAGCUUUCCGCGAAAAGUUUGGUAUCUACGUCGAUGAGCGACAAGGUUAUCAGAUUUCUGCACCAUGGCAGUCGGCCGUGACUCAGGCGCCUACCAUCGGAGCCUUCUUCGGUGUGCUCAUCGCCGCCUACAUGGCCUCCCGCAUGGGCUACAAGUGGACGCUUCAAAUCUUCAUGAUCAUGAUGACGGCUUCCAUCUUCGUCGUAUUCUUUUCGACCUCACUUCCAGUCCUGUUUGUCGGCCAGUUCUUGUCCGGAGUCCCGUGGGGCGCGUUCAGCGUCAUCCCGACUGCGUACGCCUCCGAGGUCGCCCCGGUUCGUCUCCGUGUCGUCCUCACCUCCUACAUCCAGAUUUGUUGGUGCAUCGGCCAAUUCGUUACGGCAGGUGUGGUCUACGGCGUCAAGGAUAUGGAGGGACAGGUGAGCGAGAGUGGGGGAAUGUGUUCUGACAGGAAGUGGGCAUACCGAAUUCCAUUCGCACUCCAGUGGGUGUGGCCUGCUGCCCUUCACAUAGUCCUCCUCUUCGCCCCCGAAUCGCCUUGGUGGCUCAUUCGCAAGGGUCGUGUGGAGGAAGCCGCCAGGGUCGUCAAACGACUAGGCAAGAUUCCUCGUGAGAACACCCAAGCAUAUGUCGCCAUGAUGGAACGCACGUCCGAGAUUGAGCAGCGGGUGACUGCCGGGGCUUCCUACGCCGAGUGUUUCAAGGGACCAGCGCUCAGGCGUACUCUGAUCGUUUGCUGCACGCACGCAUUUGCCAAUUUCACCGGUCUCCUCGUUAGUAAUCUUGGAACAUACUUCUUCCUUGUCGCUGGAUUGAGCGAAGACCAGGCUUACGGUUUAGGCCUCGGCAACACGGGUAUCCAACUCUUCUGCGUCAUUCUUUCGGUCGGGUUGUCAUCACGCUUCGGACGUCGUACCCUGGUCUUGUGGGGCCUUGGAUUCAACUGCCUUUGUCUCUUGAUUAUGGGCAUUCUGGCCUGCGUCAAGCAGUCAACUGGCGUUACCUGGGUUCAAGGCAUCCUUGUCAUCAUCAUCGGUGCACAGUGGGGUCUCACUCUUGGCCCAAUGUGCUGGACCAUUGUCGGCGAAACAUCUUCUCUUCGGCUCCGUGCUCUUACCGUCGGCCUUUCUCGCGACGCCUACUACCUGUCUUCAGUCGUCCUCGGAAUUGUCAACGCUUACAUGCUCAACCCUACCGGCUGGGGUCUCGUCGGCAAGACCGGAUUCUUCUACCUUGGCACCUGUGGGCUUGUCUUGGUCCUCGCCUACUUCUACCUGCCCGAACUCCGAGGCAGGUCUUAUCGCGAGAUUGACAUCUUGUUCAGCCGACGUGUCAGCGCUCGCAAGUUUUCCUCUACCGAGGUUGGCGAACAUGACGAGGAGUAG